AUGGGACAAGCACAACAGAAAAACAAUUCCACAACAACCACAACAGCAGCAAAUACUAGCCAAUUCAGUAGUGAAUUAUCAUCACCAAAUAGUGCACACAAUCACGGAGAUGACUUUUCCAAGAUUUUGGCUCACAACUUUUCAGAGAAAUCUCCUCUGACUCCAAAGAAGGGAUUUGAUCCUUUUGAUUUUUGCGAUCAUGAAGGUUUUAGUUUAGCCAAGCAGGGAAAUUGGCCUCGAGUGGAGAAAAUGCUCAAAACAAAGCAAGCUACAAUUACUGAUAUUGAUAGGCAUGGAAAUACAAUGCUGUAUUAUAGUUGUUUGGCUGGACAUGUUCAUGUAGCCAAACGUUUAUUGGAUCUUGGUGCUAGGGAUGACAAGUUUUCUCGUUGUUAUCUCAAUUCAUUGAGUCAAGAAAUGAGAUGGUUGUUGAAGAGUUAUCAUAAUUACUCAUUUUCUACACAAAAGAAAGCUAAAGAGGAUGAGUCUGGUGUGAUUGAAGAUGAUAAUUUAGUGAACUUACUAUUGUCAUUUGUGAAGAGAGCUAUAUUCUCAAAUGAAGAAGAGAACAUGGAUGGACCUGAUAUGACUUUGACAAUCAAAUUUUCUGGUGAACAAUUACCAGCUACUUACAGACUUCACAAAUGGAUUUUAAUUUCCAGAUGGCCAGAAAUUAUUGAUUUUGCAUUGAACGAAUCAUCUGAACAUCCAAUCCAAAACUCUGUUUUGUCUGCAUUGGAUUUAAAAACAAUGCUUGCUUAUGAUUUAGAUCCACGUGAAUAUCAGAGAGAGGUUUUUCCUGCAUUCUCAGUUUUACAAAGGCCAACAUUGGAAAGCAUCAGAUCUUCUGUUCUUGUUGCCAAAAAGUAUGUCAAAGAAAAAUUUCUGCCCUAUCAGUUACCAACUCUUAACGAGGAACAGAUAGACCAAGUUUAUGAGAGAUUAUCUGAUUUAAAUUUGGGAGAUGCACCUUUCAGUAGAAAACCAUUUGAAGUUAUCCUCGCCUACAUUUACACAGGUAGAAUUAUUGAUCCUAGAGUUAAAAGCAUAUUCAUUCCAUUGGAAAAAAUCAUUAUUAGGGACGCUUCAGUUCAAUUCAUGCAGGAAUUGAUGGAUGCUGCCUAUUCAUUGAAAUUAACAAAUCUUGCAAAGAUUCUAUUCGUGGAAAUUGGAGUUCAAGCUGAUUUCAUUGCCAGAAAAUUCAAGGUUAAAGCUAAUUUGGACAAUUUUCAAGAUGCUAGAAAAAAGGAACUUCAAAAAGACCUAUCACCUCUAGGAUUUUGUUUGGAAAGCAAGCAGCCAACCAAUCUGUUAGAUAUUUUAAGAAGAAAGGGUUGUGACAUGAAAAUCAAGUUAGCUGAAUCUAUUGAAGAUGAAGAAGUUUCCGAACAAGAAAGAGAUGUCAUACUUUGUCACAAAAAGUUUGUUACAAAGCGUAGCGCCUAUUUCGAUAUCAUUACGUCUUGUGGAUUCUCUGAGGGAAUUCAAUUCAGAGAAGAAGAGGAAAAAAAUGGAAUUGCAACAUUGGAACUUAAUUGUCCAAACAUGGAAAUUUUGAAACAACUAAUCAAUUACACUUACAGUGAAAAUGCAAAUAUUACCCCUUCGAUAUGUAUUGAACUAUCAAUACAAUCCCAAAAAUUGGACUAUAAUGCACUUUUCAAAAAAUGUGAAGAUUUCAUGGUGGAAAAUUUAACAAUUCAAGAUGCUGAUAUGUUUGAGCUUUAUAAAUUAGCUAACUUUUUGGGAAGUGACAAGUUGAAGAAAUUCUGGAAACCUCAAACUAUCAAAUAUGUAGCCAAUCUCAUUAAGAAUGGAAAUAUUACACUGGAACAAGUCAAGGAAUCUCUAUUAAAUGAGUUGGACUGUGACGAGAAUGAAUGCGAAACUCUAGUUUCCCAAAUCAUGGAAAAAGUAGAUUAUUGCUAAGUACUAUUCAAUAAAGAAAGGGU